AUGUCAUUGAAUGAUACUAGUUCAUUUAAUUGGACAUCGACGACUACAGAAAAAAUUAAUUCAAUAGGUACUAUACCACAACGUCAACAAGUACUUAUCGAUGCAUUUAAUACAUAUAUACAAAUUGGUAUUGGUAGUCUUUUAUUUAUCUUUGGUGUUACAUUCAAUUGUUUAAGUUUACUUUAUUUUUGUGUCUCACGUAGUUUUCGUCAUACAACAUUUCGACUUUAUUUUUCAAUUAUAGCAAUACUUGAUACUAUACGUCUAUUUGAAUUCUUAGUAUUUCUUUUAUUUGAUAAAGGUUAUCUUAAAGUUACAUUAACAUUAUGUCGUUCAGUAUUUUUCACAAUUAUGUUUACUGGGCAGGCUAGCAUAUGGUUAACAGUUGCAUUAGCUGUAGAAAAAUGUGUUAUUAUAUGGUUUCCAUUAAAAGGUCGUUAUUGUUUUACAAUGACAAUAUCAAAAUUUGUUCUAAUAUUUGUUCUUUGUCUUGUUCUUUUCGCUGAUAUUAUUUAUCUUUUACCAAGUUUUUUUUCACAUACCUAUGAAAAUAUAUCUAUACAUACAUUUAUGUGUGUAUGGCAUGGAGGUAGUGAAUCAUCUAAAAAUCGUUAUGAUCGAUGGAAAAAACAUUAUUUAACAUUUAAUACAGUUUUUUUUCAUUCAAUUAUACCAUCAAUAAUAUUAUUAAUUGUUAAUUGGUUAAUAUUAUAUAGUUUAUCACGCUCACGAAGUAUUCUAUCAAAAAUUGGUUCAAUUGAUGCAAAAAAUGUUAUGAAACGUGAAAAACAAUUUAAAGAAAAAACUAUUCAACUUGUACUAUCAUCAUUUUUUGUUAUUGUUACAAUAUCUCCAAGAUAUGUAUUAACAAUGGUAAAUGCAUUUGCAACUAAUAUUAGUAAAACACCUUUAAUGCCAUUAUAUAUUUAUGUUAAUUUAAAUACGGUAUUUCGAGUUCUUGAAAUGUGUAAUUAUUCUUUAAAUAUUAUUUUUGCUAUAUUAAGUGGUCGAACAUCACGUUUAGAAAUUCGUAAAAUACUUUGGGAAUGUCUUUUUUGGAGAUUUAAACGUACACAAUCGGAUCGUAAUGAAGCAAAAUAUCCUGCACAUGCAUUUCUUUUUAAUGAUGAUGAUGAUGAUACUGAUCGAUCAGUUCAAUUACAAGGAACAACAUAUUCAGCAUUAACAGUACAAUUAUCAAGUCGUCAUAAUAAUCUAUCGCCUAAAUUAAGUAAUGGAAAUUAUUCAUUAGAAUUAUCUCAAACAUCAGCUGGUACAUCAAUAUUUACUUGUUGUGGUUAUAGUAUUGAUUUAUCACCGAAAACUUCACAUACAUCAUAUACAAAAUCAGGAUUUGAAGAAUCAUCAUCACGUCGUUCAAUAGUAAAUAAAAAUCCUAAUCCUUUAUUAGCAAAAACUGCUUCAUAUCCUCAAUCAUCACCAUCAUCAUUAAAUGAUCGAUUAUUAAGAACACAAAAAUCUGUUUGUUAUCGAACAGAUAAUACACCUCGACAAAUCACAAAACGUCGAGCUACAACACUUGUAAAUUGUUCGCGUAAUAGACCUUCAUCUAUAAAUACAACAAUAGUUCCACCAAUUCCUACAUCAUUAUCAAACGAAAAACUACCACCAUCAGCUCCUAUUAUUGAUAUACCUUCAACAUCAAACGAUGAAUGUAAACCAAUAAUAAAUCUAACUGAACCUCCUAUGAUUAUGCAAACUGAUUAUAUUGAACCAUUAUUACCGGCUUAUAUAAUUGAAACAUGUUAA